AGAACAAAAAAGGAGUGGAAUCACGCUAUAUUGCAAAGUGUCACGAUUCACUAUGUCGGAAGAGGCAAGUAAGGAAGAUAGCAAGAGGAGGGACAUCGCCGGGAACUGACAUCUAGUCUUCCGCGCCUUGCACGGCUCGCAGGCGCCUCUUCGUCGUGUAAUACCCUUGCGAAUUCCACUCAUGAUGCCUCGUGACUUCAGUCACGGCACAGUAGAUAUCUGUUGACUGCACGAUCACGCAAAGAGUCCCAUCGAAGACGCAAUCAGAAGAUGAACAGCAGGCCUAUAAAAGGCGGGCACUGCCACUUUGGGGGAGUUGCGUACUACCUUUGGCACGAGAACAUGGAACAGGUUCUCGGCCGAUUCCGCCCCACCAAGUCCAACAUGAGUGUCAUAUGCCUCUGCACUUCGAUCAUUGUGCCAUCACCAAAGCCUUCCAAAUCCCCAAAGUGGUCUUUCUGGGAUUGGUCGGUUGUGAGGGCAAAAAGCAAAGAACGAGAAUAUAUCUACGCAACACAGGCGCAAAUUCCUAUGAAUGCAAAACAAGUAUAUGGGAUGAUUGAUCGCGACAGAGAGAAAGGGAGGAAGGCGGGGUCUAGUUCCUGCCAGGGCAGCCUGCCUCUUCGUAUUUGGUACGGUGGGUACAGUCACUGCAGGAGUGCAUCGCCUAUCUCCGAACAUCGCACACGAGAGAGAUGUUCUUGUAAUGACAGAUGGUUGAGAGAUUUACCAUCCAAUGAGGUUAGCAUUAGAGGCAACCUGCUCGCCCUCCACCAAUCGAACGGCAGACGGAGAGACAGGCGUGGAUUGCAUGUACCGACGGGCAACUGUGCCCAUUCGGCGCUAUUGGCGGGCUUGGCCAGACUCGCAGGUACCUGGAAUGUUUGAUUGAUAAUAAUCUGCUGUAUGACGUUGGUCGCUAGUGAGAGCGGCUUGCCAUCCCUAACGUGUUUCUAGUAGUCACCGGUCGAGGUGUCCUUUGGUUCAAGCCGGGUUUGUCCACAGACAUAAACUAUCUGUCGCCGGGCUUCGAAAGGCCACAGAACCCCACAAACGUGCGAUGGGCAGGCUCCCUGGGAGCUCCCCAAGCCAAUUACCC